UAUUCCACCACUUGUGCUGUCAAAUAAAAUGUCAAAUUUAUAGAAACAAGUUUACGUACCGCAAAAAAUCCCUUUUUAUUCAUCAGAAAUUGAAUUUUUGUUUGAAAAUGUCGGAAAAUGAGUACCACGAUGCGUAAGAAAACUCAGGUAUCAUUUGUUAUACGAGAAGAGGAGGAGAGGCGUCACAAAAAUGGCGUUAGUUCUUUGCAACUUGACCCGAUUCAAGGCAGACUGUAUUCCGCCGGCCGAGAUGGUAUUAUUCGUGUGUGGAACACAGCAACGGGAGUCCAAGAUAGAUACAUACAAAGCAUGGAGCACCAUACAGACUGGGUAAACGAUAUAGUGUUGUGUUGUGGCGGCAAAAACCUUAUAAGUGCUUCGUCGGAUACUACAGUAAAGGUAUGGAAUGCGCCGAAAGGCUUUUGUAUGUCCACAUUGCGUACUCACAAAGAUUAUGUACGAACGCUGGCAUACGCGAAGGAUAAAGAGCAAGUUGCGAGUGCUGGCUUAGAUAGAGCCAUAUUUUUGUGGGAUGUAAACACAUUGACUGCUUUAACAGCUAGUAACAAUACUGUCACAACUUCAAGCCUUGUAGGCAAUAAGGAAUCAAUUUAUAGCUUAGCAAUGAAUCCGCCUGGUACUAUUCUUGUCAGUGGUUCCACUGAGAAAGUUCUCAGAGUUUGGGACCCACGUAAUUGUUCAAGGCUGAUGAAAUUAAAAGGACACGCUGACAAUGUGAAAGCUUUAGUAGUUAGUCAAGAUGGCUCCCAGUGUGUGUCUGGAAGUUCAGAUGGUACUAUUAAACUGUGGUCAUUGUCACAACAGAGAUGUGUGUCAACAAUCAGAGUCCACUCUGAAGCAGUUUGGGCUUUGUUAGCUACUGAAAACUUCACUCAUAUCAUUUCUGGUGGACGCGAUAGACUAGUCAUAAUUACAGAACUGCGCAACCCUGAUAACUUCAUGAUUGUCUGUGAAGAAACUGCUCCUAUACUGAAGUUAUGCUUUACAGCAGACCAGCAAGGAGUGUGGGUAUCCACAUCAGAAUCUGAUAUACGUUGCUGGAAAUUACCACCAAGAAACUCAUUAAGUUCAGAUAUGUACAGUCAAAGUAAUUAUAAUACCAACAAUGUUUACCAAACUCAACCCACACAUCACAUUCCUGGGGGUCCAGCAAUUAAACAUUACACAGUCUUGAACGAUAAGCGUCACAUAUUGACUAAAGAUACAAAUAAUGAAGUUGCACUAUAUGAUGUCCUCAAAGCUUGUAAGGUUGAAGAUUUAGGUGAGGUUGACUUCGAUGAGGAGGUAAAGAAACGUUUUAAGAUGGUUUAUGUACCGAAUUGGUUCAAUGUUGAUUUAAAGACUGGAAUGUUAACAAUACACUUGGGGCAGGAUGAGACUGACUGCUUGAGUGCAUGGGUCAGUGCUAAGGAAGCUGGACUGACAACUGAAAAUGAUCAAAAAGUGAAUUUUGGGGCACUGUUAUUGCAAGCUUUGUUAGAGCAUUGGAACCAUCCGAACAGAGUGAAUGAAGCAGGCAUGAAAGUCAUAGGGAAUAAUUUCUUUAGUGUACCACUUCAUACACCUUUGAUUUUUAGCGAAGUUGGUGGCCGAACACUGUAUAGAUUGCAGGUCGGAGAUGCAGCCGGUGACAACGAGAGGAAUCUUCUCAUAGAAACUGUGCCAUCUUGGGUAGUGGAGGUGGCCGUAGAGAUGUCUGCACCAAACCUCAACAAAUUGCCUUUCUACCUGUUGCCACACUCUAGUUGCCAGAGUAAACAAGAUCGACAGAAAAAGGACCGUCUGGUAGCCAACGAUUUCAUCCAAUGUCGUAAAGUCGCCGAACAUGUGGUCGAAAAGAUUGUUGGCAGCGGAGACGCGAAUGGUGCGAGUGCUGGCAGCGGGAAAGGUAGUGCUACGGAAGAUAGCGGAAACGAUGCCCCUGAAGAGAGGGUGGAACUGUUGUGCUGUGAUCAGGUACUUGAUCCCAAUAUGGAUUUGAGGACCGUAAGACAUUUCAUCUGGAAAUCAAAUGUUGAAUUCACUCUACACUACAGAGUAUUGAAGCAAUGAAAGUAUAUUACUGACUUGUACAGGUCACAACUUAAAAGGUACUUCACAUUUCGAUGUAUAAUUGAGUGAUAAGCAGUAUAUAAAUAUAUAAAUAAAACACUGUUUUAACUUAUUUAAGAUGUGUUUUUUUUACUUUUAUACAUAUUUCUACGUUUCUAAUCCUUUAUAGACUCCGUUCUAAAGAGUAGAGAGAGAAUGUAGAGAUGUGUUUUAAAAAACACAUUUUAACCUGUUAAUACAGUGCUUUUUUAUUGAGAGAUGUGCGUGAAAACUUUAGAAUUAAAUAAGCAGAGUAUUUGUUUUUAGUUGUCAAAGUAUCAAAUAUUAGAUAUCAUUGUUUACUUGAAAGAAAAUAUAAAACUAGUUUUUCACGGGUUA